GGACCAAACCUUUUACAACCCCAGGCCCCAACUCUGGGGUAGUCACAGCCUAAAACUGACACGAAAAGCGCACGUGCUGGUUGCAGUUGGAUAAUGAAGGUUUACGCCUGCAGUGCAAACCAGCAGUCACUCCACCCAUUAAAAAAUUUGCAUCGAGAACGAAGAGAAAGUCCAGCGACGCCUUUGUAUCCACUUCACAGCUGACAGUUGCUGAAAUCCUCACGUCGAAAAACGCGCACCAUGCUCAGUGGAAACGUUCCUGACACCCCAGUGGAACUCUUGGUGGAUGUCUUAACAAAAGCCAAGGAAAUAGCUGCAGCAAGUGGCAAUUUACCAGCCGAGCUGAUGAGUCAGUUACAGAAGGCUCUGGACAUAGCCAGCGGCCUGGACGACUACCUGGAGAAAAUGACCACACAGGAAAGUGAACCUCUGGCAGAGCUAUAUAAAAAAACCAUUUCCUAUGACUGGGAUCAAUUACACAAGGAGGGAAAAACUAUCUUCCGGCUCCCCAAGCAGUGCAUCACUGGACAUGUUGAAGGCCAGACCUUAAAGAUGCUGAUCCACAUGAGUCACGCUAAGAGAGUUCUGGAGAUUGGGAUGUUCACGGGCUAUGGUGCGCUGUCCAUGGCCGAAGGGCUUCCCGAGGACGGCCGCUUGGUUGCCUGUGAGCUGGAGCCAUACCUCAAAGACUUUGCUCAACCUUUUUUUGACAAGUCUCCACAUGGCAAAAAGAUUACAGUCAAGACUGGGCCUGCCAUGGACACUCUGAAGGAAUUGGCUGCUGUAGGUGAGCAGUUUGACAUGGUCUUCAUUGAUGCUGACAAGGACAAUUACAUAAACUACUACAACUUCAUUCUGGACAACAGUCUGCUGAGAUUGCGUGGGGUCAUAUGUGUGGAUAACUCGCUGUUCAAAGCCAAGGUUUACCUCAAAGACACCACAGAUAGCAACGGACUGGCGCUCCGAAAAUUCAACCAGUUUGUCUGUGAUGAUCCACGCGUGGAGCAGGUCAUCAUCCCUGUCCGAGAUGGCAUCAGCAUUAUUCGGCGGGUACCUGUGGCCUCCAAGUGCUCAAGAACGGAGAGUAAAAUAACAGAUGAUGAAGUUUUCCGUGGGGUCAUGGGGCGCCCCAUCCUCGAUCGCAUGCGUCUUGAUGGAAAGGUGGCCUAUGUGACGGGCGCUGGGCAGGGCAUAGGCCGAGCAUUUGCUCAUGCUCUGGGUGAGGCUGGUGCCAAUGUGGCUGUGGUAGACCUGGACCAAGAGAAAGCUGAGAUGGUGGCAAAAGAGCUCCACCUUAAAGGCAUUAAUGCUAUUUCGAUCACAGCUGACAUCAGCAAAUCAGCUGAUGUCCAGAGGAUGAUUGACAGCAUCGUCUCCAAAUGGGGGAUGAUCCACAUCGCCUGUAAUAAUGCUGGUAUCAACAUGAACUCAGCCAGUGAAGACACCAAUCUGGAGGAGUGGGAUCAAACCUUUAACGUCAACCUGAGGGGGACUUUCAUGUGCUGUCAGGCAGCAGGUCGAGUGAUGUUGAAGCAAGGAUACGGCAAGAUUAUCAACACAGCCUCCAUGGCCAGUCUAAUAGUGCCCCAUCCUCAGAAGCAGCUCUCCUACAACACAUCCAAGGCUGGAGUGGUCAAACUGACUCAGACUCUGGGCACCGAAUGGAUUGACAGAGGAGUGCGUGUCAACUGCAUCUCACCGGGGAUUGUUGACACCCCUCUCAUCCACUCGGAGAGUCUGAGGCCUCUGGUGCAGCGCUGGCUGUCAGAUAUCCCUGCUGGUAGACUGGCUCAAGUGACAGACCUGCAAGCUGCAGUGGUCUACUUGGCAUCUGACGCCUCAGACUACAUGACAGGGCAUAACUUAGUCAUAGAGGGUGGGCAAAGUCUGUGGUAGAGGGGGUAGAUAAAGAGAUGAAAACUUUUUUUCUCUCUCCUCUUCACUCUCCUGGGAUAAGUCUCUGAAAUAGGUGGCAUUCACAUGAUCUCCUUUGGACACAUUUACAGCAGUAUAUAGUUAAAUUCUUAACUUUUGGUGAGUUAACAUUUGUUUCAUGGUGCGAUGAUGCAAUGAUCUGGUGGCUUUUUGUCUUCUGUGCAUCCUGUAGAGGUUCACAGGGUUUCCAGGGUCAUGGAAAACCUAGAAAAGUCAUAACAUUUCACAGUCACAU